CCGGGAUCGCGCGCGACGACGCCGCCGCCGCCGGUCCCCACGCGACCGCCACCGCGUUCGCCGCGCCGUCCGUGAUCGGCACGGAGCACUUCUACGGGCACAUGCUCGCGGGCGCGCUCGCGGGGACGACGGAGCACUGCGCGAUGUUCCCUCUGGACACGAUCAAGACGCGCAUGCAGACCGCGGUGCGAGGGAUCGCGGUGUCGCCGGCGGUGGCGCGCACAGCUGGCGCAACCGCGGCGGCGGCGGAAAUUCAUUCGCACUUCAACCCCGUCUCCGCGAUGCGCCACGCGACGCGAGCGCUCAUGCGCGCGGAGGGCGUCGCCGGGCUCUACCGCGGCAUCUCCGCCGUCGGCAUCGGCGCCGGCCCCGCGCACGCCGUCUACUUCGCGACGUACGAGCACGCCAAGGAGGCGCUCGGCGGGAACGCGAAUAAAAAUCAGCACGCGCCGCUCGCGCACGCCGCGGCGGGGAUGUGCGCGACGAUCGCGGGCGACGCGGUGCAGACGCCCGUGGACACGGUCAAGCAGCGGCUUCAGAUGUCCGGGUCGCCGUAUCGAGGCGUGGUGGACUGCGUGAGCGCCACGGUCCGCGCGCAGGGCGUCGGGGCGCUGUAUCGGAGCUAUCCGACGACGCUCGCGAUGAACGUGCCGUUCACCGCGAUCCACUUCAGCUCGUACGAGAGCGCGAAGAUCGCGAUGCGGGUGGACGACGAGGAUAAAGAGGAGACGUUCGCGGUGCAGUUCCUCGCGGGCGGCGCCGCGGGCGGCCUCGCCGCGGCGGUCACGACGCCCCUGGACGUCGUGAAGACGCGGAUGCAGACGCACUGCGAAGUCGCCGAGAGCCCAUACGGGACGUCGAACAUGGCGGCGGCGAUGCGCGCCGUCGUCGCGGAGGAGGGCGCGGGCGCGCUGCUCCGGGGGUUGGGGCCGAGGGUGUUGUUUCACAUCCCCGCCGGGGCGAUCUCGUGGGCGACGUACGAGUACGGGAAGAGGGUGCUGGGGGUUUCGGGGUCGAGCGGGGGGGGGACGCAUCAUCACUGA